AAUUUACAGUAAGCAUUUUUUCUACCGGAGUGUUAUAUUUUUUUGCAUAUAAUCUCAGUUAAUCUAUUUAAUUUAUUUGUAAUUUUCACAACACUUUAAUAACACAAUAAAAUGGCAGCCGCAGAUAAAACCUGUACCAUGUGCGAAAAAUUGGGUUUGAAACCCUUCACCAAAGAAAACAUUUACUAUUACUACAUUCCCAUACAGGGUUUGGCCAGUUAUGGUGCAUUAUCGGUUAAUGUCAUGAAUCCCGCAUUGAUUUCGAAGAUUCUUACACCCAAAAAGGAUUUAACAAAUGUUUUACUGUUGGGUUCGAUUGUGGGAGGAGCUUUCUAUGUCUAUGGUCGUCCUGCCUUGGCUGAGGUGCCCAAUAGCAAACGGGGUAUGUACGCUGUAUUGGGUGGUGGACUAUGGGCCAUGGGCUCUGUAUUAGGCUGGGCCCUUAUUAAGUCUGUGCUGCCUAGAGAUAACUCAGCUAUGGCAACUAUUGCCGGUUUGGCCACUGGUGCUGCCAUCGUUAAGGUGACCACCGAUUACUUUGCCGACACCGAUAAAUUGGCGAAAAAGAACUAAGCAAAUCGAAUGGAGUAGAUAUUAUGGUGUUGAUUAUGAUAUCAUACAUUGAACCUGUGUGCUAGUAGUAGUAGUUGUUUCUCAAAAACACCACUUUGCAUUAUAUUAAAACGAAAAAAAAAUAUUUAAUCAACUUCUGCCAAAUUGCAUCAUAUUAUAUCGGUUUGUGUUGCGACAUAAACAAGUGUAACAAUAAAUAAAAUAAAAAAAUAAUGUAAAGCAGAUAUAAUCCAUAAAGUUUUGUGUAUAUACAAUUUUUUAAUUUAUCAUUUAUUUCAUCCUGCCUAACAAUAAAAGUUUCCUAUAGGAGCAACCUUAAA